CACCUGAGCCUGCAGUCGGCGGAGCCGCUUCUCGUUAGUUCUGUUUGGACCGCAGUCGCACAAUGAAGUACUUCCUGCUUUUACUGGCCGUCGCCGCCACCGUGCACGCGACCGAGGUCCGGCCGUGCCAGCAAGGCGUCAAGUUUGCGGAGGACGACGUGAAGAUCACCAACUGUGCCGUGCCUCCCUGCCGACUGCGACAGAAGAGCAAAGUCGGCGUCGAAAUUAAGCUGAAGCCAGCUGAAGACAUCAAGUCAUUGACGACCAACGUGUUCGCUGUGGUCUUUGGAGUGCCUCUACCCUUUGUAGGCGUCGAUGGCACAGACGCCUGUGGAAACAUCUACAAUGCGGACGGCACCACCAAGGUUGGAUGCCCUCUGAGAGCUGGGGAGGAGUACGUGUACAAAAACGCUUUCGACGUAUUGAACUCGUACCCAAGGAUCAAAGUUGACGUCUCCUGGUCGUUGUCAGAUGGAAGUAUUUUCAACGAGAAGGUCUACCACUGCUUCAAAAUCCAGUCCAGAAUCACGUCAUAACUUGGGAGAGGAGGCUGCUUGUCGGCGCGCAUUUGGUGUUCCCGGCGAAUUAAAAUGGACAAAAACUCGACUGUGUAUUCUUAAGUGGAUGAAGGAGGCAACUUUGCAAUCCAGCAACUUUUUGACGCACAUAUUGUUGGAGAAUCCACGCACGAGAGCUCUCUCCCUCUCACUCUUGCCUAAUUAGCGCCGACGGAGCCGCAUUUUGUAACGUAUUUGCCUCUGAUGAGCACCGCACCUCGAAAUAAAAUUAAGAGCAGCAAA